CUCCGUAACGGCGCGAAGAGGAGCUGUCCGUUCCCCGGCGACGUCCAUGAACGCGAUUCGCGAGAAUAUUGCCAUCGUUCGCCUCUCCAAGCUCACCCGCUACGCAAACCCCGAGCCCAAAGUGCUCACGCUGUGCGAUCUCGGCCGGCGAAGAGAAGCCAUCCGUUCCCUCCUCUCUGAUCCCUCCGCACCUGCUCUACCUUCUUCCGCCUACUCCUCGCUCCUCCAGCUCUGCAUCGAUUCCGGCGCCAAGGAAGAUGGUGUGUCACUCCACGUCCACCUGCUCUCGGCCGGUCACGCCCCUGACCUCCACCUGAGCACCAAACUCAUCAUCUUUUAUGCCAAGUUUGGCGAGUUGGCCGCAGCGCGAAGGGUGUUCGAUGAUAUGCCUGAAAGGAGUGUCGUGUCGUGGACCGCGUUGGUUUCUGGGUACUCCAGAAAUGGGCGUGCCGAAGAAGCGUUGGAAGUGUUUUCUAACAUGCGAUCGUCGGGUCUUAAGGGCAACCAGUUCACGUAUGGGAGCGCCCUCAGGGCGUGCACCAGUUUGGGUUGCUUCGGCAGUGGCCAGCAGGUUCAUGGAUGUAUAGCCAAGAGCAGAUUUCAGGACGAUUUGUUCGUGCAGAGCGCUCUCGUUGAUAUGCAUUUGAAGUGCGGGUCAGUCGAUGAGGCAUUGCGACUGUUUGGGAGGAUGAACAAGAGGGAUGUUGUUGCUUGGAAUUCCAUCGUCGGUGGUUGUGCCGUGCGAGGUCUUGGGGAUGAUGCAUUUGGAGCGUUCUGUUUGAUGAUUCGUGAUGGUAUGCGGCCUGAUCGAUUCACUUAUGCAAGUGUUCUAAGGGCCUCUGGUGUACUUAGAUCUCCUAUUUAUGUUAACCAGAUCCAUGCUUCAAUUGUCAAAUUGGGCCAUGGAAGUCACUCUGUUGUCUCUGGGUCAUUGAUCGAUGCAUAUGCAAAAUGCAGGAGCUUAUGUCAGGCACAGCUGCUGUAUGAUUCUAUGGUUGACCGGGACCUGAUUUCAUGUACUGCAUUAGUUAGUGGGUAUGCGCUGGACAAAAGCUGUAGUUGGAAGGCAUUUGAGAUAUUCCGUGGGAUAAAUCAUAUGGGCAUGAGAAUAGAUGAUGUCAUGUUAAGUUGCAUUCUUAAUGUAUGUGCUAAUGUGCCUUCAUUGAGUUUUGGAAGACAAAUUCAUGCUCAUAUGUUAAAGGAGCACCCAGAUUCUGAUGUAGCCUUGGGCAAUGCACUUAUUGACAUGUAUGCAAAGUCAGGUGAACUUCAGGAUGCCUGUCAUGCUUUCUAUGAGAUGAGACAUAAAAAUGUUAUUUCAUGGACUUCUCUGAUAACUGGAUAUGGAAAGAAUGGUUGCGGAGAAGGUGCAAUAACACUUUUCUCAAAGAUGGAGGACGAUGGGGUGAAGCCAAACGAUGUCACGUUUCUUGCUCUUCUCUUUGCAUGCAGUCAUUCUGGCUUGAUUAGCAAGGGCUUGGAAUAUUUUCACUUGAUGGUGAGCAAGUAUCAAAUCGUUCCAAGAGUUGAACAUUAUUCUUGUGCUGUGGAUCUCCUUGCACGUGGAGGUCAACUAAAAGAAGCUUAUGAUCUAGUUUGCAAGAUGAAUAUUAGGCCCAAUGCAUCACUUUGGGGUGCUAUGCUUGGUGCAUGUAGAAUGUAUGGUGAUAUGAACCUUGGUGAAGUGGCUGCUGGAUAUCUUCUUAGUUUAUAUCCUGAAAGAUCUGUAAACUAUGUAGUCCUUGCAAAUGUAUAUACUGCUGCAGGAUUAUGGGAGUCGGCAUUGAAGAUGAGGGAAAUGAUGGAACAAAGAUCAACAAAGAAGGAUGCUGGCCAUAGUUACAUUUAGUUGAGAAGAAGGCACAACAUGUUUCCUGCAUGCAGAAAUACCUUAAUCGUGAACUCAAAGCAGAGAAAUAAGUUCAACAUUCGUUAAAUUCCACGAAUGGAACAACAGGCUGAGUCUAUUUUGUGAAUCGUACAUUCAUCCUUUACUUUUCCAGAGCAUGGUGACAUAUGUUGCAGAGAGAAUCUUCUUUCAGAAAAUGUUCUAGAGAGAAUUUUGAAGGGACUUGUGGUUAAAGAACUCUGGAAGAGCCUUGUUCAAGUUGUCACACCAAAAUGCUAAAUACCGUCAAACAGCAGAGAACUUUCAUGUCCUAAAGGUACCAGACAUAUCAUGGUUUGAGUUAUGAAGAUGAUGGAAAGUCUGCGAGGAGACAAAGUUGCUGCUGAGAUUCUAGGAAAGCAUAAUUGAGCAGCCUCAAAAUUCAGCAUUGAAAUUGUGUUUCAGCUUUUUAAGCAGCAAGAAAAAGGAAGGAAUGAUUUCUGAUUUCAAUGGAAGUGAUGGCUGUGUUGGCGUAGGCAACGAGCAGACAACUGCAUGAGGCCACCUCAACCCUGCAAAGUAAAUGCUGUGUCAACAAUCUCUAACCUAUGAGAUCGUGAUGCUUAUGGUGCUAUUUCAUAUGAUCUUUUUAGUUGCAAAAUAUUUUAUAUUGCAAGCUCAGAACAGGAUGUCAUUCUAGAAUAUAGUCUAAUACAAGUUCCAUUGGUCUAUGUGAUGAACUUGCACAUAGCAGGAAAUAAUGUCUAC